AUGUGCUGGCUUCUGCUGUAUCCUCUGAUGCUGGGGUUCAGCAUCGGCCCGGCGGAAUGCCAGACGCCCAGCAUCUACGACGAUGUAGAGAGUACCAGGGAAGGCCAAGAAGCCUCUCUGCGUCCCACAGUAGAACUUAAUGAGUCGAAGUCCCCAGACAAGCCUAAUCCACGAGGCUUCCCGGGCAAGUCCUGUGCCAACAACAGUGACACGCUGGAGCUCCCGGCCAGCUCUGAAGCACUGCUUCUGGGGUGGGUCCCCACGAGGCUGGUACCUGCCAUCUAUGGGCUGGUGGUGGUCGUGGGGCUGCCUGCCAAUGGACUGGCGCUGUGGGUGCUGGCCACAAGGGUCCCACGCCUGCCAUCCACCAUUCUGCUCAUGAACCUGGCAGUGGCUGACUUGCUACUGGCCCUGGUGCUCCCACCACGACUGGUUUAUCACCUGCGUGGCCAGCGCUGGCCGUUUGGGGAGGCUGCCUGCCGGGUGGCCACAGCUGCCCUCUAUGGCCACAUGUAUGGUUCAGUGUUGCUUCUGGCCGCAGUCAGCCUGGACAGAUACCUGGCCCUGGUGCAUCCUUUGCGGGCCCGGGCAGUGCGUGGUCAACGCCUCACCACCAUACUCUGCUUGGUGGCCUGGCUCUCUGCAGCCACUCUAGUCUUGCCACUCACGUUUCAUCGGCAGACCUUCCUAUUGGCUGGCUCCGAUCACAUGCUGUGUCAUGAUGCGCUGCCAUUGGCGGAGCAGACCUCCCAUUGGAGACCAGCCUUCAUCUGCCUGGCUGUCCUGGGCUGCUUUGUGCCACUGCUAGCCAUGGUCCUGUGCUAUGGGGCCACCCUUCGUGCACUGGCAGCCAAUGGUCAGCGCUACAGCCAUGCAGUGAGACUGACAGCCCUGGUCCUGUUCUCAGCAGUGGCCGCUUUCACACCUAGCAACGUGCUUCUGGUGCUGCACUAUUCAAACCCAAGCCCUGAGGCCUGGGGCAAUCUCUAUGGAGCCUAUGUUCCCAGCCUGGCACUCAGCACCCUUAACAGCUGCGUAGACCCUUUCAUUUACUACUAUGUGUCCCACGAGUUCAGGGAGAAGGUACGGGCUAUGUUGUGUCGCCAGCUGAAGGCCAGCAGCUCCUCUCAGGCCUCCAGGGAGGCUGGAAGCCGAGGGACCGCCAUUUGCUCCUCUACGCUUCUGUGACUGUUAGCUGAGUUGGGAAGGGGACGUUCAGGCUCGACUGGAUCUCCCCUUAAACUGUCCCUCCUGAACCCUCAGGACAUGACCUUAUUUGGAUAUGCACUUGGCGCGACCUUCAUUAGUGGAGCUGAGGUCCACUGGAAAUGCCCUUGUAAAAGGCCUGGGUACCAUACACCUGUCACCCUAGCACUAGGGAGGUGGAGAGGAGGAUCAGAAGCCCAGCGUUGUCUUUGACUAUGUAGUGACUUCGCAGCUAGGCUGGGCUAUGCGAGAGUCCAGAGGCGGAGAGGUAUCACGAGGUCACUGACGAGGGGAUGCUGAGAAAGCAGAAUUGAGCCUGUUUCCCACUCAGAGGAUCCAGCCCCAGACACCCUGAUUUUGUCAUUGUGCCUCUUAGAACUUCACACUGUUGUGCUUUGCAUGUGUCUGCACAGCGUAGAUGUGUCUUCACAUGUAUAUUGUAUGUGUCUGUGGGUACUCGAAGAGGCCAAAGGAUGAUGGGUGUGUACCUCAAUUCCCUCUCUACCUUUAAAUUUUGUAAG